UCAGUGAGCAACUGUCUCACGGCAAAGCCGAAGCCUGAGCAGAAGCCUCUUUUGUCUCUGUGUUCAAGCAGUUGCUUCUUAGAAAGUGGAAUUUCUUCAGAAUGACCAUGUACAAGAGCAAACGCAGAAACCAAAGAUAUAUCAACAUGGCAGGAGAACCAAAACCAUACAGACCAAAACCUGGCAACAAGCGACCGCUAUCAGCACUUUACAGACUUGAAUCAAAAGAACCUUUCCUGUCUGUUGGUGGCUAUGUCUUUGAUUAUGAUUACUACAGGGAUGAUUUCUACAAUCGAUUGUUUGAUUACCAUGGCCGUGUCCCCCCACCACCCCGUGCAGUGAUACCACUGAAGCGUCCUCGUGUGGCUGUGACAACAACCCGCAGAGGCAAAGGGGUAUUUUCCAUGAAAGGAGCAUCACGAUCCACAUCAAGCGGGGCUUCCUCCUCAGGAUCCAAAUCACCCACAUGUCUUCCCUUGCCCCUUAUGUGGAGUGAAACUGUCCUUGCGAGCAUCUCUGGAAGAGGAAGAGAAAGAUCAGUGAAAUCAGAUGAGUUGCAAACAAUCAAGAAGGAAUUAACCCAAAUCAAAACAAAAAUUGACUCCUUGCUAGGGAGACUGGAAAAGAUUGAAAAACAGCAAAAAGCUGAGGCAGAAGCUCAAAAGAAACAAAUGGAAGAUAAUGCUGAUUUGAUUCAAGAGGAAUGCAUAUCAGAGAAUGCAGAUAACUCUACAGAAGAUCCAAUUGAAGGAGGGCCAGAUGCAGAUGGGGAUGGAGAAGAGAUGACUGAUGGGAUAGAGGAGGAUUUUGAGGAGGAUGGCAGCAAUGAGCUGUUUCUACAGAUCAAGUGAUGAGUUGCCAUGUGUGAAUCUCCUGGAGGCUGAGAAGAGAAACUUCCCCACACAAAAUCGUGAACUGCGGUUUCUUAUGGCGAGCAACACCUUUGACUCAAUUUGUAUGAAAACUCAAUGUACUUAUUAAAAUGGACGUUACCGUUCAAAAAUUAGAAUUUCCAUUUCUUAUAUGUUCUAAGCUGUACAAUUGUCAGAUUUUUAUGGUUUAGAUUGUAAAUGUGUUUUUUCCUCUGGCUAAUUAUUGGUAUUAUUUUUUUAAUUUUGAUGUCUUAAAGGCCAAUGUAUGUAUCAUAAUAAUAUGAAGGACAUAUUUAACAAGUGUGGGAAACACUGUAUACAAAUGUAUAUUUGUAAAAGCUAUUUUUAUGAUUAGCAUGUUUUACUGUUUUACCAUAUUUAAAGUCAGCUAAUAUUGCACUUCUUUGUUUACAGCUUAAUUCAAACAAGGUCAUUGUUAUGAUCAGUGUUACAGUUAAAUAUGUUGUGUGGUAUUUUCCAUUAUUUUAUUUAUUUUAUUCCUCAAUUAAAAUAAUUAUAUUUACAAAUAGGGAUAGCUGCUAAAGAAAUUAAAUUAUCAAAAUAUGAGAGCAAUUCCUGGCAAAC